GCCUGUUUUGUUUGCUGACUUGAAGUUCCUGGCUGCCUCCCCUUUUUCCCAACAAGGAGUUCUAUCCCUAACCACUCACGUACCUCUAGCAAUGAGACUCUGCUUCUUAAUCUCUGAGAUUCUUUUUAUAGGAAAUAAAUGUAAUUGUCACGGUGGCAAGCUGGCCUUUAUUUCACACAGCUGAGGUCUAGAGUUGCACCGCUUGCCUGUGCAUGUGUGACUUGAUCUGCCCUUGGGACAGAGAGUUUCAGGGACUUGGCAGAGACGGGUUAAGCAUUGUGUCUGCUGGUUGUCUGUUUGCCCACAGUGUGAGCUGGACAUAGCUGGCAUUGGCACAGACAUGGCAACUGAAGGGUCUAGUGGUUUGCAAGUUCUUCUCUCUACUCUACAGAACUCGAGCGAAAAAGAUGUAACCCUGAAUAUCCUGAGUGUAUUAAGCGAAUUGCUGUCUGCCGGAACUCACCGCAGGAUUCACUACAUGAUCUCCAAGGGUGGGAGUGAAGCCCUGCUACAAACCCUGGUAAAUUUUGCAAGAACAGAUUCCCUUGACUAUAGCCUCCUUUUACCCCUUCUGCGUUUGAUGGUCAAGGUAGGCCAGAGAGAUGGACAUUUUGGAGAAAAAGCACAUAAAUUGGAAGCUACUGAUGUUACAUUGAGUUUAAUAAGAAAAAAUUUGACAACCUCUGAUAAUCUGACUCCUUGUCUCUGUGCCAUCCAAGUAUAUGCUUCCAAUGUUCCGAUCGGAGAAAUGCUGGGUAUAAAUGGCGCCAUGGAGCUACUUUUUAAGGUCAUUUCCCCUUACACCCGAAGACACACGCCUACAAUCAAGGCGGCUAUUGGGGCACUUUCAGCUUUACUGAAAUCAAAAUCAAAUGUCAGGAGAGCUGUGAACAGAGGUUACGUGGGCAUCCUAUUGCAGUUCUAUCAAGACUGGCACAGUAGUGAUUCUGGCAACAAUUAUGUCUCUAUUCGUAGAGGUCUACUACAGUGCCUUAAACAUAUCACUAACCUCCGUUCCGGAAGAGAAGCCUUCCUGCAAGCCAGGGGAAUGGAGAUACUGUACACCACUGCACAGGAAUGUCUGCAUUGCAAAAACCUAGACUCCUUAGUCAGUGCAGCGAUCCAGGUUUUGAGAAAGUGCUGUCCAAAGUUUACUCUACCGCUGUCCUGCAUAUAUAGUUCUUAUGCAUACCUUGUGCCAGGAACAAGCAAACCAGUAACAGCAAGGAAAACCUACUCCCAAGAAGAUGAAUCUGAGGAUGAAGAUGAUGUAGACUCAAAUCUGAUAAAUGAGGAAAACAAGGAUGAGGAUGAUGAUUUGGAAACAGAUCUGAAGAAAUUAAAGUCAAGACCUAAACCUGAUGGAGCAGUUGAGGAAUGUCAGCAGUACAAAGCAUUUUGUUCAGAGCUUUUUGAAGAUAAGGACAAGGAAUCUGAGAUGGACGAAGUACUGAAUGCUACAGACAAUAUAUCCAGCACUUGCACUUAUAACAUUCCGUCCAGUGAGAGAAUUACUGAAGAUUACUGUGGAACAAUGGACCAAUGUACAUCUGCAGACACCUUCUUCCCUGUAACUCAUUUGGAACACAAUAAAAUAAACAGCAAUUCCAGCAGAACUAACUACUCGGGUGAAGCAUCUUUGAACAAACAAGAUCAAAUGAUCGAAGAAAUGAACCAUCUCAAAAAGCUGUCGACAUCAUGCUCCGCCAGCGUGGUCCAUGGAGAACGUAGCUUCAUUCCAAGUAGAUGUGUCCAGUCUGUCAAGCUGAAACAAAGGGACAGUGUUGAUGAAUCUGAAAGUCACAAGGUCGUUACCCAACUUUUGGAACAACACAAAGGAAAUAUACCUUUUCAUGAUCCUCAUAUUUACAUGGCUAUAGCAGGAAAAACCAAAUCUGUUCCAGAUUUUAGAGUUUUGGCAUUUCCAGACUUUUGGGGUCACUGCUCACCCUCAUUCUCCCAAAAGCUCGAGGAAAAGAAAUUUGGAUCACAGAGGGACAAAAUCUUCCAAGAUAUCCAACGAUAUUUGAAGCCCAGAGAUCUUCUUAACCGAGUUGUGUUUGACUUGGACAACCCCAGUGUUGCAGACGGUUCUGAACAGAUGAACUGUUUGAAGUUCUUUUCCAGGUUUGAAUCUGGAAAUCUCAGAAAAGUCAUACAAGUGCGUGAGUUUGAAUAUGACUUGAUCAUGAAUGCAGAUGUCAAUACUGACCAACAUCACCAGUGGUUCUACUUUGAAGUUAGUGCAAUGAGAGCAAAUGUUCCAUACUGCUUCAAUGUCAUAAACUGUGAAAAGGUGAACAGUCAAUUUAAUUAUGGUAUGCAGCCUGUUAUAUAUUCAGUGAAGGAAGCACUCCUUGGAAAGAGCUAUUGGACGAGAACUGGUUCCAACAUCUGUUAUUACAAAAACUUAUUUUGUUACCGAGCAUCUGACGCAAAGAAAAGAAGACGAUAUUAUACGCUGAGUUUCACUGUGAAGUUCCAGCACUAUGAUGAUGUGUGUUACCUGGCUUACCAUUACCCCUACACUUAUUCCGCACUCAUGUCCCACUUACAGCAUUUGGAGCAAAGGCACAAUCCGCAGAAAGUGUACUAUAAGCAGCAGACCCUAUGCAAUACCUUGGGAGGAAAUCCUUGCCCCAUAGUCACAAUCACUGGCAUGCCAAGGUCAAAGACUGAGAGUUGCAAGGAGGAGUUACGUGGCCGUCAAUAUAUGGUACUUACUGCUCGGGUACACCCAGGUGAGAGCAAUGCCAGCUGGGUGAUGAAGGGGACAUUGGAAUUUCUCACUGGCAGUGACCCUAUUGCAGAGAUUCUGAGAGAGAUGUUCAUCUUCAAAAUCAUCCCAAUGCUUAAUCCAGAUGGAGUCAUCAAUGGAAAUCACAGGUGCUCCCUGAAUGGUGAAGAUUUGAACAGACAAUGGGUCUCACCAAAGUGCCAUCUACAACCAACUAUUCAUCAUGUUAAGGGAUUGUUAUACUACCUAAACAGCAUUGGUAAAACACCACUGGUUUUCUGUGAUUAUCAUGGUCAUUCUCAGAGAAAGAAUGUGUUUUUCUAUGGAUGCAGCAUAAAGGAGACUCUGUGGCAAGCUGGCUGUGUAGUGGACUCGUCUAUUCUCUUGGAGGAUGUUGGAUAUAGGACACUACCUAAAGUCCUUGAUAAAAUUGCUCCAGCAUUCUCAAUGGCUCACAGCAGCUUUCUAGUGGAAAAGGCCAGAGAAUCAACGGCACGUGUCGUAGUCUGGCAUGAAAUUGGAGUAUUAAGAAGCUACACAAUGGAAAGCACAUAUUGUGGUUUCAGUCAAGGGCCAUACAAGGGUUUGCAAGUUGGAACAAGGGAACUAGAGGAAAUGGGAGCAAAAUUCUGCCUGGGACUUUUAAUUCUUCAAUCGAAAUCCCUUUACAACACUACUCUGCUUCCCCAGAUGGAGGCACUGAUAGAGGCAGAAAGAGAAAACACUGACAAACAGAGAACAAGUGGCACGGAGACCGACGAUGAACCACCGUGUGAAGAGGAGAUUGAUUACAAUACUGAUAGCUGCUCAGAUCAGGAAGUCUCCGAGUUGGACACCAGUAAUGAAGACAGAUUUUAGGAGGAAAGUGUUGGAGAAAGAGAAGGCACAGCACUCGUCUCACAUAUGAAGUUAUUGCUGCCUCAUGUAAUGGCUUUCUGACUGCUCCAUGAAAACAACAUGGCUGCUCUCCAUAUUCCCCUCUAAAUGACCAGGGCUUUAAACCCUCCAGCAAGCCACUUGUAUAAUAUUUGAUAAUGCUAUGCAGGGUUGGCAGGGCCUUAAGAUGUUAUUGGAGUCAUGUCUACACCUAUUUUUCUUUACAACUCCAUGUGCAAUAGGUAAGCGUUCUCGGGGAGAGUUGCCAGUUCUAUCUGGAGUUCAGGGAUUCUUCCCUAAUUGAGUACUCUCCCAGAUAUUCUGUGAGAUUAAAGAAGUAUGGAAUAAAGUCAAUCCAGUUUUGUGUAAUGAAAAAAGUUCCGGAUAAUACAAAUUUAUACUCUAUAUACAGAAUCAUUGUUAUUACAGGAAUAUUUGGGAAUUUAAUUUGCUAUCUUCAUGUUUUGUUGUUGCUGCUGGGGGCACACAUAGUCUUUGAGAUCACUGGCUGCCAAUAGGUAGUGUAGGAUACAACUGUAUAAUGUAGAUGUUAAAAUAAUAUUUUUUGCUGAAAUUCUACUUCAGAAUUAAAAGCAAUAUGACUCCAUUUUGAAAGCAUUCCCAUAUGUGUAUAUAGAGUAGUUGCACAGACAGACCAUCCAUCUAUUUCCCCACCUGCUUCCUCCAUCAGCACCCAUCUCUUUCCUUUCUGAAUGUAGUAUUUCUUUGGUGUUUUUAUAUAGACAUCCACAGAGGGGAGGAUAGCAAAAGAAAGGGUUAGGAGGCUUGUGGUCCAUCUUGUAAAGGUAAAUACGGUCUCUAAAACAAUAUUCAGUAAUCAGAAUUAAGCUAAAUAAAACAUCUGAUUUGCUAUGUUUAGUGCAGAUUCACACCUUUUGAGCAAUGUACAUCAAUAACCUCCCAGGAAAUGUCUUUAUCCAAAGAUAGAACAAAAAGAAACUGUACAUUCAGAUUUACUUUCUCUAUCGUCCUAGUGGAUGCUGGGGUUCCUGAAAGGACCAUGGGGAAUAGCGGCUCCGCAGGA